AACCUAGGUUACUUGUAAGAAAUUAUGUUGUCCCACAACACACUAUAGUAUUCAUCACUUCUAAUCUUCCAAAGCUUUAACCAGAGAUGGCGCAACCGUCAACGGCGGACAAGGCGGCUUCCGACUACAAGCAAGGAGCCCUGCGCCUUUCGUUUGAAAUUGUGAAAACGAUUUGCGAUUUGGUGGAUAACAAAACUAUAAAGAACCUGAGACUAACUUGUCGCUUCUAUUCACAAACAGCGAUAUUACGUUUGAGCCGUGUCUUUAUCUCUGCCAAUCCGCAGAAUUUAGAAGUAUUCAGCGCGGUCGCAAGCCAUCAGACACUCCGAAACCAGGUCACCGAGGUUAUAUGGGACGAUGCCACUCUAUUCGAAGGCCUGGAGGUGCCUCGUGAAGCUAAAGACGGCCACUACCCAGAGGAUGAAAUCUCCGACGACAGUGAGGAUGAAGACUCCGACAAUAAAAAUCAAAACGGUAUCGAUUGGAGUGGAACUGUGCCUAGUUGGUACCGGAAGGCCUGUGAAGAAAAUAUCUUGGAUUUCAAUCAAGCUAAAGGCCAAGACACCGAUAGACCUGACCAUGCUGCUAGAGCAGUGCAACUUUCUUCGCAUAUGCCUGUUACGGAAGCAUGGGCGUAUUAUAACCGUUUACUAGAACAACAGCGCGGAGUCUUGAAAUCCGAAGAGCAUAUACAUAUCUUCGGAAAGUAUAUAGGAUCAUUCCCAGCACUCCGACGGAUCACAAUCACUCCUGCUACUUACGGGCGGUUAUUUAAUCCUUUAUAUGAAACGCCAAUGAUACGAGCAUUUCCGCAAGGUUUCAAUAGCCCAAUUCCACGUGGCUGGCCAGUGCCAAAUGACAGCCUUCCAGAAUGCCCUGCUUGGGAAAAUACAGGCUCCGAUUGGCAGGGAUUCCGGAUUGUUAGCUCCGUUCUUGCCCAAAACAAAGAUCUUGGAAGAGUGACAGAUCUAUGUAUCAACGCAUAUCAAUUGGAAACAGGGCUGAACUUAAGGGUGUUCGAUCGCGAAUCCAAUGAGGCAUUCCAGCAUUUCGAGAAGUUGCUCGCCCGACCAAACUUCAAACAUUUGUACCUCGAUCUCAUGGUAGAAGACCAUGACCGACAAGCAAAGAUCUUUCGCAAUGGUUUGCUUAAACGCGCUCUAAAUAAUGCCGCGAAUGGUAAAGGAUUAGAACAUCUGCACGUCGGAACUAAUAUUGACAUCCCUGAGUCUACCCGUCGUGCUGAAUUUUACGUUACGCUGGAUACCAUAUUCGGAUCUGCCAGUCUUUCGCGACUUCGACACUUUGGUCUGUCUCGCUUUUACGUUAGAGAAUCCGAUCUCCUUGGAUUACUAGCCUUACUACCGCAUACCAUUCGCACCAUCGAGUUAAAUCUACUCCAGUUCAUGGAUAGCGAGGGCAGUUUUCAGUCGUUCUUGACACAAGUACGAGAUACUUUGAAUUGGGCAGAUAGGAAGCCCAGACUCAGGCCAACGCUUCGAAUUAGCGUUCAAACGGGUACCAAGGAAGAUUUCCGCCAGAUAUGGGUCGAAGAUGAUGUGACCAACUUUUUAUAUUCAGGCGGCAGUAACCCAUUUGGUGAUGAUCCGGGGGAGCCAUAUCCGAACAAUAUCAAAAAUGGAUUUGGCUAUAUUCGAGACGCUUUCGAGCCCGAGUACGAGCGACCUAACGUAAAUCGAACAACGUUACGCGAACUUGGAUACCUCAAACCGCUUCGUUUUUCUGGCACUUAGUAGUUGACAAGAGGGUGCUAGGCGUCUUGUCGGGAGUCUCAAAAGCAAGCCACCGGCACGAACCUCUAUACUCUGCUCCGGUGUUUAUGUCUUCCUGUUCUACGUAUUUUAUGAACAGAUUGCAAUUCGAAGUUCCCU